AUGUCGCACUCAGGCGCAGCAAUAUUCAAAAAAGUUUCGGGCAUCCUGAAUGUUGACGAAGAUGCAUCUCCUGCCAAUCUCUUAUGGCGCUCCACUGAUGGUGACAAAAGUCAUAAGGUUGUUUUGAGCAUGAUUGAUAAACUGCAAGCGACACCGGCUUCUAGUGAGAAAAUGAUGCUGCGGCUCAUAGAAAAGAUGGAUGAAUCGAAGAAGCGCAAGGACAGCGAAGGAAACGAAAUCAAGCCAAUGGUUCCAAGUCACGUCUUCUCCUUCAAUAAUCGCACUGUUAUGGACAACAUAAAAGAAACUUUACAGCUUAUUAUAGCCCGCUACAAAGAUCAAGAGGCGUAUGAAGAAAAGCGGCGUAAGGAAAGUAGCUUAGCACCUUCUCCUGCAGAUACAGCUCCUUUAAUCAAUACAUUGACUUUGGAUGAUUCUUUAUCUCGCGAAAAGCUACUCACCAAUCUAAAGCUGCAGCAAUCAUUACUGAAGGACAAUAAAAGUCUCAUGAAGACAUUCCAAGAUGCCGUCAUUUACUCGGGUCUCCCGUCUGAUGAGUUUUGGUCGACAAGGGUUCCUCUAUUACGGGCUUUUGCUCUUACCACAUCUCAAAGGACAGGCCCAUAUAAUGUACUCUCUACUAUUAAGCCCGUGGCCUCUUCAGAUAACAAGGUGAAUGUUAGCGUGUCGCGAGAAAAGAUCUUAACCAUUUUUCAGACAUACCCCAUUGUGAAAAAGGCCUAUGACGAUAGUGUUCCUAAAAACUUCAAAGAGCAAGAGUUUUGGGCCAGAUUUUUUUCAUCCAAGUUAUUUCGAAAGCUCAGAGGUGAACGGAUUAUGCAAAGCGACCGUGGUGAUAUGAUUAUAGAUCGUUACCUCACGCUUGACCAAGAGUUCGAUAGAAAAGAUGAUACGCGUUUGCAACACCCAGUAAAGAAACUAUUGGACUUGGAAGGUAAUGAUCAAGAUGAUCCAGCACGAAAGGGAAACAGGCCUGAUUUCACUAUGAUGGCAGGGGUGGAUCCCAACGGCAAUAGUGACGGAGUAGUGGAUAUUUUGAAGGGGAUGAAUCGUUUGAGUCAAAAGAUGAUUCAAUCCUUGGAAAACGAGUAUUCGAGAGCCAGCCUGCUCUCAGAAGACGUGGAUAAGCAGGAACGAGAAGAGUUGCUGUUUACCGACUUGGCUGAAGCACAAGAAGCAAACUAUCUUGAGAUUAAAGUCAAGCAACGAAUGGCAUCAAGCAAAACCCUUCCCGUUAGCGUGAAUGGCGAUGCUAAGUCAGUCGUAGGACCUCAAGCCGCUCAACAUCAAGUGGAUCUUCUACUUGAGGGUCUAACAAAGUCUAUUGACUUGACUCAAGUUACGAAUGAUGACAAGAAAUUUAACAAUACCGUUAACCAGAAUGUGAUUCGGGCAGUUAAGAUUAAUGCUAAGCAAGCUAAAAAUACCGACCUGAGUGCUGUUGUCGGAGCUACUGUUGGCUUAUCUUCAACGGAAUCCAUUAGGGAGGUGAACUCGCCGCUGCCACCGGAACUCCUAGAGACCAGCAGGAUAUUGCAUGGAACUUGUUGUGAGUUUCUAAAACAUUUCUACAUUCUUUUUCAAAGUGGUGAAAUUCGCCAAGCUCCAACCGUAAGGAAGCUGUACAUACAUUUGAAGAAAUGUUUGGACAGAAUAACGAAACUUUUAGAUGAAGUAGGGAACGACGAGAAUGCAGAGCGGGAUGGAUUGGUCAACAAUUGCAGAGCAUAUUUAAAAUCUGCCCUAGACUCUCUGAAUUUUGCAAUCGAAAAAUACGAAACGGCCGUUUCGGACGCGGAGUCAUUUCGAGCAAGGAAGGCAGCGUGA